CCCUCUCUCUCUCUCCAAUCACCUUUUUAUAAUCCAUUUCAAUCUCUACACAAACCCCACAAAAAUCCACAAUCAAGAAACCACAAACCUUCACAAAAUUUGCAGAAAUUGCACCAAAAUCUUUUCUUUCUUAUCUUCUUUCAACCCCCACCGAAAAAUAAGCAAAACCCACAAACCAUUCAUCAAACCCUAACUCCAUUGACCAUUUCAAGAUUUCUUGAAAAUCUCAAAACCAUGAAGCAAAUCUCUGCAAAUCAUUUAGAUGACGACAGCCCAGGUAAAUUCAAACCCGAAAAACCCCAUCUCAUAAACCGAUUCAGACACCAUUAUCCUUAUCUAGCAAAACUCACGGUUUGGACCUUCUUGUUUCUCGGAUUAAUCUUGGUUCUAUUCUUCCAAUCGCCACCCAAUUCGUCAUAUUCUUCACCGAUUUCAUCAGACCCAUCUCGCAGAUCGUUAAAAACCCGUUCUUGGGGCGGACCCGUUUGGGAAAAACGGGUCAAAUCCUCCGCCCGGAUCCGUUCCCGAACCGGGGUCUCGGUACUAGUCACCGGAGCCGCCGGUUUCGUCGGAACCCAUGUCAGCGUCGCGUUAAAACGCCGUGGUGACGGCGUUUUAGGUCUUGAUAACUUUAACGACUAUUACGAUCCGUCGCUAAAAAGAGCUAGACAAGCGUUGCUAGAAAGAACCGGGAUAUACGUUGUGGAAGGUGACAUAAACGACGCCGCAUUGUUGAAAAAAUUGUUUGAACUAAUUACUUUUAGUCACGUGGUGCAUUUAGCCGCACAAGCCGGGGUGCGUUACGCUAUGGUAAACCCAGGAUCGUAUGUUAAUAGUAACGUUGCAGGGUUCGUGAACCUUCUAGAAGCGUGUAAAAACGCGAACCCGCAGCCCGCGGUUGUGUGGGCGUCGUCGAGUUCGGUUUACGGGUUAAACACGAAAGUCCCAUUCUCGGAGAAAGACCGAACGGACCAGCCCGCGAGCCUCUAUGCCGCCACGAAAAAGGCGGGGGAGGAGAUCGCGCAUACGUAUAAUCAUAUCUACGGGUUGUCGUUAACCGGGUUAAGGUUCUUUACGGUUUACGGGCCGUGGGGACGGCCCGAUAUGGCGUAUUUCUUUUUCACGCGGGAUAUUUUGAAAGGGAAGACGGUACCGGUAUUCGAGGGUGCGAAUCACGGUACCGUGGCACGUGAUUUUACGUACAUUGAUGAUAUUGUGAAAGGUUGUUUAGGCGCGUUGGAUACCGCGGAGAAGAGUACUGGGAGUGGGGGGAAAAAGCGUGGGCCCGCGCAGUUACGCGUGUUUAAUUUGGGGAACACGUCGCCGGUCCCAGUUUCAAGUCUAGUGGGCAUCUUGGAGAGGUUAUUGAAAGUUAAAGCGAAACGGGUAGUAAUGAAGUUGCCGAGGAAUGGGGAUGUUCCGUUUACGCACGCGAAUAUUAGUUUAGCGAGGAGGGAGUUGGGGUAUAAACCGACGACGGAUCUUCAAACGGGUUUGAAGAAGUUUGUUAGAUGGUAUUUGAGUUACUAUGGGUCGAGUAGGAAGAGUGAUCAGUGAUUAGAGAUUGAAGAUUUUUUUUCACAAAGAGGGUAAAUUUUUUUUACCUCAAAUUCUUGUUGAUUUUGAUUGGCAUAUGAUUGGUUGUUUGAGGACAGAAAAGGAUUAUUGCUAUUGCUACUUUUUUUGUGAUGUGUACUAAGAAGUGAUGAUCAUAUGUUUGUAGAAGUAGAUCCAUUGUUGUUGAAGUAAUGCUCUAUUUUGUUUGAUGUUGAAUCAUUUUAUGGAGUUCAAAUAAACAAGAAGACAAUAGUUCAGAUGUUA